AUGUCCAUCACAACUGACUCUCCUACCACUCCAGUCAUUGGAGAUAAGACCAAACAUAAGAACAUUCCAAACGAAGACUUUUCCAAUCAGUGUGUUUGCUGCAAACGAUACAACCUUCAUUACAGCAAAAAGUAUAACAUCAAUGCCAGUAAUAAGAGUGCCUAUGUGGCUGCAUUCAAAUUCGAUGUUCCUCUUGGAGUGUGCUGCAAUUCGUGCUACAACAAACAGCAUCGAUACAACAAGAACCAUCCCAAUGCUGCAUCAGAACUGAACCAUUCAUCAUCAACAACCACCACCUCUCCCAAUGCAACCACCAUAACUUCCACUUCUCCUAACCUUCGUAUCAGCUCUCCUCCAACCAUUUCCACCCACAACAACAACAACAACACUUCUUCCAAUCAUCAUCACCACGAUGAACAGCAACAACAACAUCAAGAGGAGAAUGUCUCCACUCCAACUUCACGAGGUCGAAGAUCAUCCAACUUAACCUCCAACUGCCGAACACCCAAAUCCACCACUACCACCACCUCAAAAGCUUCUUCUCGAAGAGGUCGUUUAGUAUCUUCUCAGUCCAAUACCAAUCAUACAUGCAUUCAAAGUCCUGACAGUGUGGAUAAUAAGACUCAACAUGGCUCCUCAUGGAAUCCAGACAAUAACCCACGCAAGAGAAAGUUGAAUGAACACGACAAUAAGCAAUUCGAACAACGUCAUCACGAAGAAGGUCCAUUCUCAUUGUCUAGUCAUCAUCAUCAUGGCAACGAUCUCAUCUACGAGGAAGAGGGUGCUGAGGAUCAGAUUGAUUCUCUCUUCAUUACUCAACAAGAGAUGUGGACCAGCCAAGAACAACAACAAACACCACAAGAAGUGCCAUCCAUGCUCACCACUCCUUCUCAUCCCUCUUACCUCACUCCCUCACACUACAAUCAAUACCUUCCAUUCCAUUCAUCCACAUCUUCUGGUAAUACUCAACCCAUUGUGGCUCAAUCCUCUGCGAGUGUUCAAAAGCUCUUGGUGGAGUUGGCUCAACAACAACAACAGAUCUAUCAUCAUACCAAUCGAUAUUUGCAACAACAACAGUCCAUGCGAGCCAUGAAUCAGGUCGCUCCACAACCAGUUUCUAACUCUACAUCUGCAUCCUCAGAUUCCGUUCUUCAAUUACUGACCGAAGAGAAUCAGACAGCUUCUUCCUCUGCAGAGUUUGAUCCAACCACCACCACUGCCAAUACCAUGACUGCUCCGAUGGUGAUCCCAACCAACAACAAUGGUACCUCUCAUCAAAACAUGAUGCAUCAACAACCUCACUCUUACUUUGUGGAUUUGAUUAUGAACAAUGGCGAUAACAACAACACUAAUACGUUCUCUUCCACUGCAUCGAUCGAGCCUUUAACAAAGAAGAUGAAAACCUUAUCACCCUCUUCUUCCUCUCCACCUUCCGCUUUUUAUCCAUUCCAAACAACUACAUCUACUCAACAACAGGUUUCUCCAAACAUGAGCUUCUCUCCUUCCACUUUAUUCAAUCCAUUCAGCAGCUCUCUUCCCUAUCUAUCCCAACAACAACAACAACAUUCAAUUGGCUCUGAUCCAUCUCCUGCAGUCAUGUUCCUUCUCUUCUAUGAUGACUCUAAGAUCAAAUCACUCUCCGAUUAUUCCAACAUUCAAAACACACUCAACAUUUCCAAAGUGUGUAUGCCACGACAAGCACCUUACUCGUUGCUCGUGGAAAAGAUUACGGAGAGAAUGGCAAGUGAGAAGAAACUGUGGAAUCAGAAUAGCCUCAAAAGCCUUGUUUCCAUCAAGAUGAAGUUCCAUCUGAAUGGAAGCACUGUAUUGAUGAAUGUGGAUCCUAAUAAUCAAAUGCUUCGAUUUAAGGACAAUGAUGUCUUGUUUGUACAUGUCAUGUAA